AUGGCGCAGGUAUAUUCGCAGCAAAUGAGUCGAGAAGCUGUUGAAUGUGGCGGCCGGUCAGCGGUUAACGCAAAGUUGGUUAACGAUGUGGACGAGACAUCUUCGGCCGAUGGCGACUCUGACUCGGCCAACAGCACCGAUCACGACGAAUUGCCCUCCAAUCCCGCUGUCGCAUUGGCGUCAAUGUGGACUCGUAAGGAUAUUAAGGAGUUCAAAGAUGCUGUUCGAAAGGAAGGCAUAGAAGGAGUUAUUAAAGUUGGCCAUGGCGAAACAGUAACGGUACGUGUGCCAACUCAUCAGGAUGGCACAUGUCUUUUCUGGGAGUUCGCUACGGAUAACUACGACAUUGGGUUUGGUCUUUUCUUCGAAUGGACUGUUUGUGAUACGAAUGUGGUAUCCGUUCAUGUGUCAGAGUCCGACGACGAUGACGAUGAGGCUUGUAAGUCUAAAGUUUCUAUUAUGAAUGUUUACCAUUUAUUAUCAGGUACUACUGGGAAUGUGACAGUUCGAAUGUAUCACAUCACCGAAUAUGUUUUGCUCUCUUGAGU